AGUUGCUACUUGAAUCUUUUAUCAAACUCACUCAUAGAUACCACAGAUUUGUUGUCGACUUCUGUCAAACACCAACAUGGACACAAAGUGUGUUAGUCUGGUAUUUUUCUUCAUCUUGGCUGCAACUUCAGUCAUUUGUAGAGCGAGAUGUGAAUUCAUUAGCAAAACGUCUUCAACGCAAGAGAACGACGCUAAGCUUGGAAUUUUUCAUGGCCAUAAAACAACUAUUAAGAAACACCCUUACUUGGUGGCUCUGGUGACUGAUGGAAGUCUGGACUGUGCUGGUGCUAUUGUAGGCAGGUCUUGGGUGCUGACAGCCGGUAUAUGUGGAGAGAACGUUGACCCCGCCCGGACCACUGUGGUUGCCGGCAGCAGUGAUUACUCGACUGGGCAAGAGUACCAGAUUCAGGAGGUCAAAGUUCACCCCAACUACUCCCAGCUCCUCGACUAUGACUAUGCGUGCGUGCAGGUGAAGGGGCGGUUCCGCUGGGGCAGGACAGUGAGGCCCGCCAGACUGCCUCAGCAGAAACCCACUAUCAAUACCACAAUGGUCGUCGCCGGCUGGGGUCAUACGAAGCCGGAUGAAGUUGAGGGUUUCAACAGAGGUCUACGAGAGGGCAAGAUGUACUGGUUCAACACAACUGUCUGUAACUUCUCCUUCUACAAUCUGACAUGGUCUGACCGCAUGUCAUGUGCAUACAAUCCGGGCAAGACCACUCUGUGUACAAAUGACUGGGGAGAUCCAUUUAUCAACAAAGGCGUGGUGUACGGAAUCUUCAUCGCUGUUUCAUCAACAGGAUAUUGCACCAAACAUGCGUUUCCUGUCAUCCUUGCAGACGUAUUUGCUGUGACAUCUUGGAUAAACAAUACUACCAACGUUGAAAACCCAUUAGCAAAUUAUAAUGUUAAAACAAACCUUAUUUGCUUAUUAUUAUAAACAAAUGUUAAUGUGACAAUCGUAAAAGAGAAAUAAAGAAUAAAAAUCAGCAUUUAGAUAUAAACACAAA